CGCUUAUAGAACUUCAGCAAAAAUCGCAAUUACUUUAUUUAUUUUUCAAUUCCAUAUUAAAUAAUUAAAUAAACCAUUUUAAGCAGCUUAAAUAUACACAAAAAGUAUUCUAAAGUGUCAUAAAAAAUAUAGUGAUAUACAUCAAUACAGACUUGUCCAAAUAAAAUUUAAAUAAGAAAAUAUGAGCAAGCAAGAUCCACCAUCUUAUGGCUUCGUUCCACCACCACAAGCUCCUCCUAGCUAUUUUCAAGCAGUAAAUGGAGUAAAUGCCGCAGCACCACUUACACCACAACAGCCUAUCUUAACAGCACAGCAUAUUGUGACGACUAUUGUCCCUUUAGGACCACAUUCUACUCAUACAGUAUGUCCAUCAUGCGGAUCUGAAAUUAAUACCAAAACAACAACGCAGCCUGGAUUAAUGGCUUAUAUUUCAGGAUUUAUAAUUGCUUUGUGUGGAUGCUGGUUGGGUUGCUGUCUAAUUCCAUGUUGUAUUGAUGAGUGCAUGGAUGUACAUCACAAAUGUCCAGCAUGUGGAACAUAUCUCGGUCGUCAUAGACGUUAAAUACAAAGAAUCUCAGUUUUUCGAUGUGUUUUUUGAUAAAUACCGUGUAGCUUUUCUGUAUGUCUGAUGUCUACAUUUACUCUGCUAAUCUCCAACCUUUU